AUGGCCGAAUCUGCUACCAGCUCCACAUUCCCCUCCUCCCAACUGCCUCCCGCCGCCGCCCUAGCCUCAUCCCAAGCUGUCCGCAGCGCCCUGGCCGACUACUCACAAGCCUCCUCAAUACCCUCCUCAUCCGUCUCAUCACCUCAACUCGCCCACAGCUCAUCAUCCGAAAAGGACGACCACGAAGAUGAGGAGAAGGACGACCACUCUUCCUUAGAGGACGGCGAAAUACCUACCGAACCGGCAGGCUCAACAUCCAACAACCCCAUCACCAUCUUCAGCUCCCAAACCGAAUUCAACGUCAAACAUCCCCUCUACUCCACAUGGACACUCUGGUUCGAUAACGCCACCAAGAACGAUAAAGCUAAAAAUUGGGACGACCUCAUCCAGCAGGUCAUGCAGGUCGAGAGUGUCGAGGAGUUCUGGGGACUAUAUCACAACAUUGUCCCACCUUCGUUGAUCCACGUUGGAUCGAACUACUACUUGUUCAAAGAAGGAAUCAAGCCGGCAUGGGAAGACCCUGCCAACAGCAAAGGUGGAAGCUGGAGCAUUCAGCUAGCCCGUGAUCGGACUCGUGACAUGGUAGACAAAUGGUGGCUGUACACGAUGCUAGCGGCGAUUGGCGAGACAUUCGAAACGCCCUACACGGCGAACGGCCAGCCCCCGGCCGCCAUGUCGUUCACCGACGAGGUCACCGGCGUAGUCAUCUCGGCCCGAAAGAUGUUCUUCCGGAUCUCGAUCUGGACUCGCUCGGCUGACUCCAAGGAGCUCGCUCAGAACAUCGGCCGUCAUUUCAAGUACGGCGUCCUCGGCAUCCCCGAAAAUAUCAGAUUCCCGCCCUCCGACGGUAAAUCGAUCCAGACCGAUUGCGAGUUCAGAAGUCACACCGACUCCCAACUCAAGAAGAAGAAACCUACGUUCACCGUAUAA